CCCAUAAACACUCGAUUUUCUAUCUUCCAGACCAUCCAAGAUCUUCAUGGCCAUGUGGACUACUCAUUUGCGUCAGCAUGGCACCCUGAUGGUUCCAUGUUUGCAACUGGCAAUCAGGACAAGACUUGUCGGCUAUGGGAUGUGCGCAACCUCUCCAGCUCCGUCGCCGUUUUAAGAGGCAACCUCGGAGCCAUACGAUCGAUCCGUUUUAGCUCUGAUGGUCGGUUCAUGGCCAUAGCAGAGCCAGCAGAUUUUGUUCAUAUUUUUGAUGUUGGAAGUGAUUAUAGCAAACGUCAAGAACUUGAUUUCUUUGGUGAAAUAUCUGGCAUGUCAUUUAGCCCUGACACUGAGUCUCUCUUUGUUGGUAUAUGGGAUCGCACUUAUGGCAGCCUCCUUCAGUAUAACCGGCGACACAACUAUUCCUAUCUUGAUUCCUUUUUUUGAGGUAAAAUUUAGCUGCAGGGUCUUUGAAGCUUGCUGCUGUAGAAUCAUCUCAGACUUGGCUUGUUUUGCCUUAGAAAGCAGUGCAGAUCAUAUGAUAUUAGUUCAGGCUUAGAGGUGGACGUGCCAAUGAUACUAGAAAAUCAUCUUUGUCUUCUCAAUAAUGUUGUAACCCUGCUGAAAUGUAUAAAGAAAUGCUGUACAGUAGUUCUUAGAGAGUGCCCUCGAAGUAGAAAUGAAAUUUCAUUGUAGAUUGACCUGGGACUUCAAUGUUCUUGUAAACUUCUACAGUUUUUAGUUGCAGCAUUUUCCAACUUUUUUGUUUCCUUUCUUUUCAAUUGAACAGCAAUUCCAAGAAGGUUUUCUGUUAUUUUUGCAUCAA